AUUGCUGGUUUAAAGUCAAUAUACUUAUUCCCACAUGAAUAGAUUUUUAUGUAUUAUUAGAAAUGAAAUACAAACAAAAAAUGUUUUUUUAUUUUUAUUUUGCAAUCUUAUCUAUCUCUCUUUCGAUCAGCUGCAAAAAAUCUGUUAAUCUCGGAAAAUAAAGAAUUGAUAAUCAAAUCUUACGAAAUAUUAGUAAGGACAAGCUCACAUGAACCCAACCAGAUAAUUCAUGGGUCCAUAGCUAGCUAACUACAUAUAAAGCUCUCUCUCUCUCAAUUCUUUCCUCCUCUUCUCUUCUUUAUGAUUCCUCUCCUCCCCCCUUCUUCUUCUUCAUCAUCAUCAUCAUCAUCUUCAAAUUCUCUUAAGACCCCAUGUUUCUGUUUCUCUCUAACUUGUAUCUUUGCUAAUUAAUCAAGAAGAAGAGAAGAAGCUAACGCAAGAUUCUCUCUCUCUCUCUUAGGGGUUGUCUCUAUUUGUGAGUUGAGCAGUGUUUCUUGGUUGUGCUGGUCAAAGAAGAAGGGCACCGACCUUCAUUUUGUUAGUAUACUCAUCAGAGAAACUCUCUUUUUUCUCCAAUUUGGUGGUGGUGGAGGUGUUCACUUCAGGUGGUCUAGCUGCUAGAUUAUAUUCGAAGAAAUCAUAAUCAGAAAAUACCUUCUUAUCUAGCUAGGUGAGAAUUUUACUCUAAAUUUUUAUUCCGUUUUCUCAAUUUUCUUGUCUAGGGGUAUUGUACAGUUUCCAUCAAAGAAAAAAUAUUCUUGUUAUGGAGUUUGUUAAGGAAAGUAGAGAUGGGUUAUAUAGCGAUCAUCCUCAGGAAGAUCAAGAAGAAGAAGUAGUAAUGGCAGAUAAUAAUAGUACAACAACUAAACAACUGUUUUCCUCCUCAUCUUCUUCUUCCUUUUCUUCACUCUCUCCAUCUUCUUCUUCUUCUCAGUACAAAAAUGUUGUUGUUCAUCAUCACCACCAACAACAGCAGCAACAACAACAACAACAACAGAUUCAUCAGUUACCAGCUAAUUUCUUAAGCGGAAUGAGUAAUAGCAGUGCUAUUGAAGUGAUUGGUGAAUUCAUAGAAAAAGAACACAUGUUUGAUAAAGUGGUAACACCCAGUGAUGUCGGUAAACUAAAUCGAUUGGUUAUACCUAAACAACAUGCAGAAAAAUAUUUCCCUUUAGAUUCAGCAGCUAAUGAAAAGGGCUUACUUCUAAAUUUUGAAGAUAGAAGUGGUAAACCAUGGAGGUUUAGGUAUUCUUAUUGGAAUAGUAGCCAAAGUUAUGUUAUGACUAAAGGUUGGAGUAGGUUUGUUAAGGAGAAGAAACUUGACGCGGGAGAUAUUGUUUCUUUCGAACGAGGAGCCGCCGAAUCUUAUAAAGAUCGAUUUUAUAUCGAUUGGAGGCGCAGGCCUCAGGCACCAGAUCUAUCUCUUCAUCAUCAUCAUCAUCAUCAUUCUAACCCUCUUUCUUUCCCAAGAACUGUAAUUCCAUGGGGUACCACUCAUGCUAGACUGUUUUCCCCGCAAAAUUUGGCGGUUUCAUCAUCUACCCGCGAUCAUUUGCAGUUGAAUUAUGAUCACCAUCAUCAUCAACAGCAACAACAACAUUAUCAUUAUCACCAACAACAGCUUCAACAGAGAUUAUCAUCAUCGACCAGUAGUACUAGUUAUGGUAAUUACAGCAAUACUAAUAUGGUUAAUAACAAUCAACGGCCCGGCUCAGUUGUUUAUUCGAGAUCAUCUUCAUCACCAAUUACAACAAGAAUACCUGAUCAUCAAGCUCAUCAUCAACAGCAACAAGUUGGGUUAAUGCAGCAGUACACAAGUGGGGAUAACCAUAAUAACAUGGCAAUGGUUUUCGACUCGGUUCCGGUGGUCCAUGGACAAGCUGCAGCUAAGAGAGUUAGGUUGUUCGGAGUGAACCUGGAGUGUCCUAUAUCAGAGGAUGACAAUGAAUGUGACAUUUUAUCUUCGACCACCAUACCAAUGAAUACAACGAUUGGGGGGUCAUCGAUUCAUACUCAUCAUCCUCAUCAUCAAAUAUUGAACAAUCCUUCUCAACCCAUUCAUUCUGCUCCUCCUCCUCAUCUACAAUUAAGGGUUUAUAAUGGAGCCCCACUUCCAACAAUGCCAACCGAGUUUCCUAAGAGAGGCAGACCAUCUUUGUCUUUCGACUUAGACAUAUAAGAGACACACAGAAGAAAGUACCAAUCAAAAAUUAGGUGAACUUGACAGAGAAGGAUCAUUGUCGAAAUUAAUCUGCCCAUAAGAACAAUCAUUAAUUCAAAUAAAGGAAAAGAAGAUGAGAGAUGACAAGAUAUAGAGGGUAACCACUUAAGCAAUGCAGUUAGGAUGCUCGUGAACUGGAUUACAAUUUCACUCUCGCGUGAUAAUAUGAGGAUGAAAUUUUAAUUAGCUCUCUCUAUUUGUUCCUCUCUCACUCAAUGGUCUCAAGCUAACAAUUGAACACCGAUAGAUCAACUGCGAAAUGCAUAUCAUCAGCAAGCGGUUUAUCGAUUUCUAUUGCAGCUAGUGAAUUACUACUACUGAAUUGAAUGAAGGUUUAUCUUGAUAAUGAGGAUAUUAUUUGUUAGUUACACACAUAAUAUAAGUUUGUGUUUGUUAUCAAGUUAAUCAAAUUAAGUUUUCUUGCAUCA